GUUCAGUCUACAGCGAUGGGUGUCUCUAAAGGGUCUUCUGUGCUCUAUCUUUUCGGUUUCUUCCUACUCUUCAAUGGCGUCUUUGCCAUACCCAGUUUAAUCCGUUUCAAUAAUUUGGAACAGGAUGAAGGUACUGGUGUCUUCAUUGCGAACCCAAACUUGAUCCAACCCAAGGACUUUGUUCAGGAGCGAGCAACUGGAGAUUCCAAAUAUCCUGAGCUUUACCGAGUAAACCUACGGAAAUUUGCUGGAUACACUGGAUUCCGUAGCGUCUUCCAAUGGUCAAUCGGAAAGACUGUCAACAACUAUGGCAUACAAAACGCCAUGAAAUUCUCCGCCAAUGAAUUGAACAAUGCAAACAAGCAGAUCUCUGGUGAUAUUGGAAUUUACAGCAACGGCUCACAAAUUGGAGUUCAUUUGUCAUUGAAGGAGGGAGCUUCAAGUUCUUCAGCUGGUAAAACGUUCAAGUGUUCCAAUAAUUUCCCAUUCAUUCCCGGAAGUCACGCCUGUUUCAAUUCCAACUAUACACUGAUACCGAAAGCGAUCUACUUCCUCGAUAUCGAAAUUCGUGAUCGGACAAUAAGUGGAUAUAUCUCUCAGCCUCAGACGAACCUCACAAAUAUCAGCAAUCCCAAUUUGCCCCGAAUUUUGAUUGGAGAAAUCAAAUGGUUCAAUUCGCUAAGGAACUUGAGUCCCGAUACUUAUUGGAUCGCCAAUUCUUAUAAAUCGUGUGGACUGUCGAGCGAAAUUACGGCAUACAACUAUCUUCCAGAGUUGUACAACAAUUUGAAAAGGCAAAAGGCUGUUAUUGCUAGCACUAAUUUGUACCCAGGGUGCGGAGCACUUAAUUCUCUGGCAAUGACGGAUUGGACUAAUGUAGUCUACAUCUCAAGACCCACUCCUGUAAUCAAUGGAACAAAUCAAUGAAUUCUUUGAUAAAUAAUAAAUACA